AUGGAACCAGAAGAAGCCUGGGAAGUCGCAGCUAAAAGAACUCUAGAACUAUAUAAGAGAACAAAACCUUCACUCAGCGAAUUAACUCGUGCGACCGAAAAGAUACAGGCAGCCUAUAGAGGCUACUACGUCCGCAAAAAUCUCCUUCGUCACCUAAAGCCUAAAUCGAAGAAAAAAGGUCCUAAGGUGGACCUGUUGGGUCCUCCUUUGGACAUCGCUGCGUCCAGGGAGAUUGAUUUGGGACCUUUGAUUAAUAUUGAUGUACGUGAAGAAGACAUACAUGAGAUGUUCGAUGAACAUACCACCGCAACACUUGGUCUCCCAUACGACCCUAUGAGAAUGAUCACACACGUGCCUAAUUAUGAAGAGCAUCAGGAAGAUUAUCCAGGAUCCAGGGAUAGGAUUUCCGGGAUUUCCGAGAUUCCAUCCGAGAUGCCUAUGUCUAAGAUAAGUCAAAUAGAACCCAGGCAGAGUCGAGUUCCAAGUGCCAUUCCAAGUGAAAUAUCAGAAGGAAAACGUCAAAGUCAGCAGCCCAGUAAUAUAGAGUCGCGCAAAAGCCGUAUCGGCAGCCAAAUUGAAGGAGGUGAAUCUGCCAUGCAAAAGAUAUCUUUUGCAGAGGUGCCACCGGAAGUUAUACCCGGUGAAGAGACAGUAUAUGAUGAGGAAAACAAAGAAGUACUUGCACCAGAAACACCAGAUGUUAGCGAAGUUGGAGCUGGAGAGGGUGUCUCGGAAGACGCUCAAGAAGAUUUUGAUGAUAUACCCGAAGAUAUAACAGAUCAUACCGAGGGUGAAGAAAGUAUUCCAGCAUCAGUUCCAUCAUCAGCGCCAGAAACUGCAAACACUACUGACGUGGAAGACGAGGGUGGAAACAUAGAGGAUGUUGAAGAAGGAGAGAUC